GGCGCUCCGUAGCGGCCGCGCAGGGAGGCGGAGGGCGGUCGGGCAGCGCGCAGGGGCGGGUCGGCCGCGCUGGCGAGAUGGCGGCGCAGAAGAUCAACGAGGCGCUGGAGCACAUCGCUAAAGCGGAGAAAUAUCUGAAAACUGGAUUCUUAAAGUGGAAACCAGAUUAUGACAGUGCAGCUACCGAAUAUGGGAAGGCAGCUGUUGCUUUUAAGAAUGCCAAGCAGUUUGACCAGGCAAGGGAAGCCUGUUUACGGGAAGCUGAGGCACAUGAAAACAAUAAAGCUCUCUUCCAUGCUGCCAAAGCUUAUGAACAAGCUGGCAUGAUGCUAAAGGAGAUGCAGAGACUCCCUGAGGCGGUUCAGCUGAUUGAGAAAGCCAGUAUGAUGUACCUGGAGAAUGGGACACCAGAUACAGCAGCCAUUGCACUGGAACGGGCUGGAAAGUUAAUAGAAAAUGUGAGCCCAGAGAAAGCUGUGCAGCUCUAUCAGCAAGCAGCAUCAGUGUUUGAAAAUGAGGAACGUUUACGGCAAGCAUUAGAAAUGCUAGGGAAGGCAUCAAGACUUCUAGUCAGAGGACGCAGGUUAGAUGAGGCUGCAUUGUCUCUUCAAAAGGAAAAAAGUAUUUAUAAGGAAAUUGAAAAUUAUCCUACAUGCUAUAAGAAAACUAUUGCUCAAGUCUUAGUCCAUCUUCACAGAAAUGAUUAUGUGGCUGCAGAAAGAUGUGUGAGGGAAAGCUAUAGUAUACCGGGAUUUAAUGGAAGUGAAGACUGUGCAGCACUAGAGCAACUUUUAGAAGGAUACGACCAGCAAGAUCAGGAUCAAGUUUCUGAAGUCUGUAAUUCGCCACUCUUCAAAUACAUGGACAAUGAUUAUGCCAAGCUUGGUCUUACCUUGGUGGUGCCAGGAGGUGGAAUCAAGAAGAAAUCACCAAACGCUGCACAAGACAAAGCAAGAGGACCAGCUGCAGUGGGCUCUCAUGCUGAUGAGGAAGAGGAUGAAUAUUCUGGUGGACUAUGCUAGUUACAGACAUAGAUUGUCCUAAAUACCUGACUUAUUUGUGAUGUUGAGCAUAUCCAAAGGUAUCAGAUUUACCAGAGCUUCAUUGCAAUUGUGAUAUGGGAGUGCUAACACUAACUUGGCAGCUUCUGGGUACAAUGCAGGAGAAAAAGCAUUAUUGUACCUAUCAUCUUGAGACAUCUUUGGACUUCAUUUCUUACCUGGUAGGAGCUUCCUCACGACCCUGCCUUCAGUUGAUGGGAAAAAAUUGAGAGAAAUUUUUACUAAAAGCACAGUUUAAAAGAAACCAAACCCCGAGAAGCACUGGAGUAGGGAGAAUGGUACAAAAUUUAUAAUGCUGAAUUUCAGCAGCUGGUACUUUCUGAUCCCAGUAAUAUGGUUGUGAUUGUUUUCUGAGUGAAAUAUACGAUCAUUCAUCUGGCUAUUUACCUUCUAUUUAGCACCAUUUAAGGCAGACCGUACCAAGCAGGAUUUUUCACUGGUAUAAGCACUAGGGGGAGCGUUCAGUUUAUUUUCAACAUGUUUUUACUCCAAAGCGGAAUAUUAUUUGAAUAACUUACUCUUUGUAAGCAGUAUCCAUAUGGGUGUGGAAAAUACUAAGUCAACUAGUUUGAAGCUAUGUUGCAAGCUUAAAAGUACACACACAUCUUUCAUCUUAAGAAUUUUCCUGACUUGAAGUCUUAGGUAAAAAAUGUGUAUGCAGUGUUUGUAAUUUAGACUUUGGGAAGGGAAUGAGUGGACAGACUUUUUUAGUGGUGUUUCUGAAGCAUGCCAUAACCAAAAAAGAAACUGAAGGUAGAAGAUAAUGUGCAUUGAUUAUAAAGCACUGAAGACAGAUUUAAACAAAAAAUUAGGUGGAAUGUUUCAGUGCUAUGUUUGAGUCCGUGAGUGUUCUAGGUGUUAAUUUAUGAAUCAAUACACCAGUCUAUGAAGAUGUUUCAUUCUUUUGUAUUUUCAAAGCAUAGAAUUGGCAUUUUUCAAACUAACUCAGAAUACAAAGUAGCCAAGUUUUAAUGCAUCUUCUCUAUUUUUAUUUGGUUUCAAGUCAUUGUGUGUUUUCCAAGCUUCUGUAGUGUCUUAAAUUUGUUUGGUCAUUUUCAGCUUUUAAGCAUAAAACACUGGAAAUUGUACUCAUUGUGAUUAGGUUCUUCUGAAGAAACAAUCUGCACUAGGUUGAGAUCACUUGGAAACUGGCAGAGAUUUGUGUGUGAUACGUGAUGCCCAAAGUUUAAUAAACAAUAGACCAAAAGCACAGCAUUAAGUGUUGGUACAGUUUCUGCCAUAUUAUGUAAUUUCAUGUCUUCAAAAAUACCAAGCAAAUGUCUGCCAUAUGUGAUGUCUGACAUCAGUCUGUCAGACAUAACUGUGAUGAAAGUAAAUUCUAGAGGGUUAAUACUCCCUUGAAGCAGAUAGUGUUGAUAGUAUUGUGAUGGGUGCAUAGGCUACAGCAUGAUUUGCAGGCAGGGCUGCUGUAAAAGGCACCUUACUCAAUUUGAUGGUUGUUUUAAAAGCAGUUCUGUCUUAUUAUAUUAUGUAAUAAUCAGCUUGGAUUUUAAAGCUAUUUGAGACUACACCUGUAGUUUUUCAGUUUGACUGGUAAUUUCCCUUUGUUGUUAAUGAUAUAUAUGGAAGGUUUUGCUCUUCUAUAGUCUUAAUGAAAUUUUGGAAUUGAGUUGCUUUUUGCUAAUUACAAGUAUACUUGAAAGGUCGUUUUGAAGGCUUUCCUGUAAGUUCUUUUUUCACUACUGGAACGACUCCCUGCAGUUUAUUCAACUCCUGCCCUCUGGAUUUGUUGAGGAAGAUGACCACUCACUUCUUAUGGGGAGUCUUUUUCACAAGCAGAAAAAAACCCGCACGUGUAGGAGCACUGGGAACACUUUAGACAUUUUCUUCAAGCUUUUUGUACUGCUUCCAAUUCUGAAAUAAGUUUUGUUGAAUGAUCCCAGGGAGUUUGCUUUUUGUGUGAGUGUGUGAACAAUUGUAUACAUCUGAGAAGAUGACAUGCUUAAGAAGAAAACUUGGGAGGCUUGUGUGCUUCUGUGAAAGAACUUGCAGACUGUAUUUAAACUGUGCUUGUAGCACCAACAGGCCCUUAGAAGAAAAACUAAAAUAUAUGCAUUAGAUUCUUAAAGCAUACUUUUUGUAUUGCCAAAAAAAUAAUACAGAUCUGACUGUCUUGCCACUCCCAUAGCUUUUUUCUCUUUUCCCUGUGCCAAGUGUGGAAAAUCUGAGACAAAAGCAACUUUGUACUAAACAUGCUAAGCUGCCAUUGAAUUGAAAGGGAAUUCUCUGUAUUCUAGUAGAAUCUUGAUCUCUGAUUGCAAUGUUGCUGCAAAGACCAAAUCUGCAGAAAUGGAUGUCUGAAAAUAAGAUGGUUUAUUUUAUAUAACUUAUUCUCCUAUUUUAGGCAAUGAAGGUGUGAUAGGAAUGUUAACUGCCUUUUAGUAAAUGUUAACUAUAGAAGAAGCUGUCUGUAUAUUAUGUGUUAAUGUUAGUUUCUAUCUUUCAGAGCUAUUUGCACACAUAUGUAAAUAUCAUUUAAGUGAUUAAAGUGGAAAAGAUGCUAUUUAUGGCAAGAAACUUUCCAAAACCAGUGUUGACUAAGAAAAAUAAAAUCAAAUUGUGCAUGAAGGCUGAUAGAUGGCCAAUGCAAUGUAUAUGUAAAAUCAAAAGAUUUCUAAAUUAUCUGUAACUUAAGAAUCAGUUUCUCCAAGUGCAGUGUGAGACCUGUGCUUUGCUUGUUCUUUUUCCAAAUCUGUGGUGUAUUAGAGUACAAAAAGUGUUUGUAACAGCUCUACAGAUGUUGCUUCUUGAGAAGAGGCUGUGUGUUUCACCAACAUGAAAAAUAAAACUUGAAAUACAUGCA